UAUUUACUUUGAACUUUUAAGUGCAUUUCCAAGCAAAUGUGCAUAACUACAGAGAAUGUGAUAAAUGCAAAUGCAAUCUGUAUCCACAUUGCAUUUGGGCACUGACAUUUCUCUAGUCCAGAAGCACUUGAUCUCUUCACCGAGAGGCUCUUUUUGUAACACUCGCCACAUACGCACGGGUUUUUCAUGCCAGACUGAUUAUGAACUGAUAAGCUCUCCUCGCCUCUGUUUUGGGCGAUUGUGGCGAAGACGUCACGAUAAGGAAGGUGACACUCGUCUUUCGAAAUGUAUGGAUGAUACCAAUAUUUGAAUCACCGCCAAAAUCUUGAUUGUGGGCUUCUUUCUGUCAGCCAUCGACUGUGACAGCUUAAUGCCCUUGGGGGUGAGGGUGAACGACUCUGGAGGAGGGCGGACACCAGGCGGCAGCGGUAGAGCCAUGGGGCAGGCGCACACUGUGGCCAACGGAGGGGGCAGAAGGCGCCGCCUGUCGUCCCUGUGCCACCCCUUCGGUGCCCACAGCCGCAACCUGAGUGCCACCUUCCACGCGACCGACUCGGAGGUGCACUGGGAGCAGCUGAACGUGAAUGUGGCCACGGAGGAGGAGCUCAUGACCCUCCCAAGGGUGACCAGGCACCUGGCCAGGAACAUCGUGGACUACAGGCAGGCCAUCGGGGGCUUCAAGAAGGUCGAAGACCUGGCCCUGGUCUCCGGUGUCGGGGCGUCGCUUCUGCAGAUGCUCCGGCCAGAGAUCACGGUCCGUCGCAACCCCCGGCCCCCGCCCCGAUCUCCGAUGAAUGCGACGCGGUGCAGCCCACCUCUUCACGACUUGGAGCUGUACAGGCUAGUGGGACCACUCUGCAGGAGACCCGUGCAGCCAGGAAAGGCUGGGGAGGAGGUGCCGCCCGGCUGCCUGGUGGUUGCGCUGUGGAACCUGGCGGGCCUCACGACAGACAAAGCUUCCAACCCCGGGGUGCUCGAGGUGGUGUGCCGCACCGCCCUGGAGAACGGGGUGUCCAUCAUAGCCUGCCAGGAGAUAUGCUCAAAGGAGGCCCUAGAUGUGGUGGUGCGAGAGCUUCGCCAGCCACAGCUGGAGCCGGUGGCAUCCUGGGAGCCCAGGGACCACCAGUGGGACCAAUGCACGCCAGUGCCUACCUCUGGACCUGUAGGACUGUUUUCAGGCUUCCUGUUCAGUACCAGCAAGGGGCUCAAGCUGGUGGAGUGCUACACUGUUGAUCUCGACUCCUGCAACAACGGACUCGCGGGGCCUUGUCCUUGCGUGGCACGCUUCAAGGCUCCUGGGCUGGAGUUUGUGAUGGUGAGCAUCCUGCUGCAUUCCCUCAAGGCCCACGACAUGGAACAAGUCUUCCCCAGCUUCGUCAGUGUACUUGGGCACAAGCUCGCAGGAGAAGAGCACGUCCUGCUGAUGGGCGACCUCCCGCCCACCGAGAACGCUGUGCGGACCCUGUCGGCAAUGGGGCUCAAGCUGCUUUGGCCCCCCAAGCCCCAUGACAGCACUCAGGUGUGGUGCUCCGAGAAGCUCCACAAACGCACAGGUAGAGUACGUCCCGUGGAAUGCGGUCUGCGCCACCCGUUGAUCCCCUGCGGCUGGCACUGGUGGGGUGCGGUGAGCGACCUGGCGCCCCUGGUGCUCGACCUUCAGCUGACACCCCCAGAGACGCCACACAGGGGACCGCACUCGUGACACCUCGCAGCCCCACCCCCUCAUCCGGUCUCGUGUGUCGUCCCAUAAUCUCCGAUCUGUAAGGUCCUAGCUCUUGAAGGAAGCCAUCCACCCGACAGAUGCCCGCCAAGGGCACGGUCCAACGUCAUCUGCGGCCGUAGAAGCAUUACCUCCCAAGGGUGCCAGUCGGACAUUACCUACCGAUGAAGCACCCGGGCAUCGUCUGCACCCAUAGAAUCCCUAUCGUCUGCCGAAUGGAUAGCCAAACGUCGUCCGUAACAAUAGAAGCAUUGUUAGCAGCUAAUGGCAGAAUAGAACUGUUACCAGCUGUUCCAUGUCGGCACAGCAUCUGCGAUACCUGCGAGGAAGAUGGUGGUUUUGCCAGAGUCGAGCAACUUGAUCUCUUGGAGACAUUGCCCAUGUUGGUCGACACUCAACGCUUCAGAAGCGUUGCUGGUGUUUCUCGAGUGUGAUCUUGAUCGAGCCUUCUCGAAUGACUGUGUUGCCCAGUGUUGUACAAUAAUGGUGUGGUGCUGUAUAUUUGAACUGUCGUGCCUCACAGCUGGCAGGCAAGAGAGGCCAGCUUACUUAGAGCGAUCGUCGCCAGGUCCCGAAGUGCUUAACAGGAGGUCCACAAUUAUAAAUUUGGGCAACAGGACCACUGCAAAUGUAAAGGCCGGGAAGGAUUGAAGAAUUCUCAGCAUUGGGUGCAAUGAAUAACUGUGUUAUGUAAAGAAUUUCAAUAAUGUUAAUAAAAAUGUUAUGAAAAUGUG